AUGCAAACAUUAAAAGACUACCAUAAUCUAUACGUAAAAACAGAUACACUCCUUCUCGCCGACGUAUUCGAGAAAUUCAGAGCUUUGUGCUUAGCACAGUACGAGAUUGACCCAACUCAUUGUUAUACCGCUCCAGGGGUCAGUUGGGCCAGCUGUUUGAAGAUGACCAAAGUAGAAUUGCACCUACUAACGGAUCCAACUAUGCAUCUCUUUGUCGAAAAAGGGAUACGAGGUGGGGUUUCAAUAAUCUCCAAUCGCUAUGCGCAGGCUAACAACAAGUAUAUGAGUGGUGGCUAUGACGCGAACAUUCCCUCCUCUUAUAUUGUAUAUCUGGAUUAUAAUAACUUGUAUGGGAGAGCAAUGCUGUCCCACUUACCAACAAAAGAUUUCCAUUGGUCAGAAAAUUUAGAUGUCAGUGAAAAUGACAUUUUAAACAUGACUGACGAUCAAGAAGAGGGGAUGAUAUUAGAAGUAGACUUAGAAUAUCCUGCAGGCCUCCAUGAUUUACACAAUAAUUUACCUGUCACGCCUGAGCAACUAAAAGUAACAAAUGAUAUGCUAUCUCCUUACUCACGAAGAGUGGCAGCAGAAUUAAAUGAAGCUUGGCUUCAACCAUUAAUUAACUUUAAUACCGAUAUGAGGAAAAGAGCGAAAAACUCUUUCGACAAAGAUUUUUAUAAACUAAUGAACAACAGUGUUUUUGGCAAAACUAUGGAGAAUCUUCGAAAUCGCGAAAAUAUAGACAUUAUAAUUGAUAAGAAAAAAGCACUAAAAAUGAUGGCCUCCCCCUCCUUUCGUUGUUUCAACAUCAUAGAUGAUAAUUUGGUUAUUAUUUCGCGACAUGUCACAUCUCUUACUCUGAAUCGACCAUUAUACACGGGCUUUUCCGUCUUAGAUAUCAGUAAGAUAUUUAUCUAUGAAUUCCACUACCUACACAUAAAAAAUAAAUAUGGUUCUAAUGCAAAAUUGCUAUUUACGGAUACAGAUUCUCUCUGCUACGAAAUUCGAACUGAAGAUAUUUACCACGACAUGAUCGAAAAUAUAGAUUUAUAUGAUACGUCAGACUAUCCCCAAAACCAUUUUUUGUACAGCGAUAAAAACAAGAAAGUCUUCGGCAAAAUGAAAGACGAAUUACACGGCGUUGUAGUGCGAGAGUUUGUUGGACUCCGUUCCAAAAUGUACUCUUUGUCAAGCGAGGAGGGCGAGAAAAAAACAGCUAAAGGUGUAGUAAAAAAUGUUAGAGAAAAAAAAUUAAAACAUAGUAAUUAUAAGAAAUGUCUUUUCGAGAAUUCUCGAGUAAGAGAAAACAUGAAAUCCAUCGUCUCGAAAAAUCAUCAGCUUUAUUCUGUAACUACAAAUAAAAUAGCGCUUUGUUCUUUUGACGACAAAAGGCAUAAGGUUCUUUUCGUUUUGAGGGCUAAUUUUGAGUUAUGGCUCAGAAUUGGUUUGAGGGAUUGGAAUGCACCUUCAGCCUUAGCAGAUAUUCUCGAGUUAUGA